AUGGUUUCAUUUAUUUGUUAUUCUAAUUUUUUUUUAAUAUGUUUUAUACCAUUGUAUUUUUGUAUUACUACUAUACCUAAUCAAUUAAGUGAUGAAAAAAAUCUUGGUUUUCCUGGUGUUAAAAUAAGAUUAACAAAUAAUGGUGUAUCAUUUAUUUCAAAAGUUGUUGGCAAUAUUUUGAUAACAGAAAUUAUGUCAGCUACCGUUAAUUUACCUCCCCAUAAAAUUCAAUUUAAUGAUGGAAAUGUUGAAUUAAAAAAUUUAAAAGUAAAAAUGGAAAAAAGUGGUCAUAAUGUAAAUAGUAAAUUAACUCCUCCAAAUAAUAUUAGUAUUGAAGUUUCUAAUCUUGAUAUGAAUAUUAAUGGUGAAAUUAAUGGUAAUAUUGAUAAGAGUAAACAUUUUGUUGGUGAUAUCUUAUUAUUAAAUAAUAAUUUUGAAAUAUUACUUGGAUUAAACAUAUUAAAUAAUAAUCAUGGUACACCAAAUAUUAAAUUAAAUUUAUGUAAAAUUAAAGAAAAUUUAACACCAAAAAUUAAGAUUACUAGUGGUACAUUAAGUAAUGAAGAUAAACAAAAAAUUGAAUUAAAUAUAGGAAAAGAGAAUAAAGAAAUUCUUGAAAUUAUGAUAUGUUCAAGAAUAGAAGUUAUAAUUGAAGAUCGAAUAAAUGAUAGAUUUAGUUUAAUACCAAGUAAAUUACCAAUGAAUACUCUUGCUGAAACAGCCAUAUUAGAAGAGGUAGCCUCAAGAAUGUUAUCAAGAAGAAGACAAAUACGUAAUACUGAAUAUUCAAGAACAAAAAGGCAAGCAUUAAGAUCAUUGUCAUCAAGUUUUAAUUUAACAAAAGCAAACAAUCUAUUAUUAGAUUAUGGAAUAGUUGGAGAACCAAGAGUAAUAAAAAAUGUAUUAGAAAUUGAUUCAGUUUCAGAAAUAUCUCUUAAUGGUAGAGGUGGAACACCAUUUGGUGCAAUGAAAUUUAACUAUCCAGAAGAUAUUAAAGAAGGUGUCAUGAUGCAGUUGAUUGUUUCAGACUUUGUUCCAAAUACUCUUAUGUAUCAUGGGCAUACUAUUGGUAUUUUUAAUACUAGAAUUGAUUCAAAAACACCACAUUUUUCAUCAAUGAUGAAAUCAUCAUGUAGUUUAACAUCUGGUGUCUUAUUUUGUCUUGGUGAUCUUUUUCCAACUCUUAAAAGAACAUUUCCAAAUCGCGAAUUAGCUAUGUUAUAUAAGACAAUCAAUGCACCUGUAAUGAAAUUUCAUGGAAAAUCAUCAGGUAUUGAAAAUACUGGUGAAGAAAAAAUAUUUGGUUCAUUUAUAAUUGAAGUCGAUAGUUCAAUGAAGAUGCGUUUAUCUAAUACAAUGACAAAACCUAAAGUAACAAUUGAAAAUAUGAAAUUUACAACAGAAUCACCAAAUGUAAUAACACAACAGGAAUUGAAUCAAGCUGGUAUCUUAACAAAAGAAGUUUUACAACGAAUGGUUAAUGAUAUGUUAAAAGAGGGAAUUCCAAUUCCAAUACAUCCACUUUAUAAAUUAGAUAAACCACGUGUAAGAAUAAUUGAAAGAGCAAUGUUAAUACAAACAAAUUUCAAAUUAAAUGAAAAACUUUUAAAACAACUAACUGCUGAAGAAGUAAGAUUGUAA